AUGGUUUCAACAAAAGCAGCACGCGUAUGCUACGCUGCAAAAAACACCCCGGUUGCAGAACUAGGGUUACGACGUGCACCGGGCCAUUCCUCCGCGCUUAUAGCAAGCCGUGCUGCGUACAUAGGCGGGAUAGGCUAUAGCUCUAACGUAGAAGCAAGUAAGCUUUAUAAUAUCCCCUACAUAGGAACCAUGUCGCAUUCUUGGGUUAUGAAUUUUGAUACGGAGCGUGAUGCCUUUCAUACCUAUUCCCGUCUUUAUCCAAAGAAUGCUGUAUUUCUCUUAGAUACAUAUGAUACCUUAAAAAGUGGCAUAGUACACGCAAUAGAAGCGGGGAAAACACUGGUACAACAGGGAAAUAAUUUUGGAGUUCGAUUAGAUAGUGGAGAUAUUGACUACUUGUCCCGGACUGUACGUGCAAAACUAAACAGCUCGGGUUUAGAGAAAGCCUUUAUUGUAGCUACAAAUAACCUAGACGAAGAAAUAAUAUCUGAUUUAACUGCUGCACAUUGUCCUAUUGAUAUGUGGGGUCUAGGAACAAAACUCGUAUCAAAUGAAAUCAGUAACUCUAUCGAGGGAGUGUAUAAACUCUGUGCAAAACAAGACGAAAAUAAGCAUACAUUUACUGGACUGCUCAAAGUAUCGAAUAAUAUUAAAAAAACUACCCUGCCAGGUAUAAAACAAGUGUUUAGGUACUAUUCCCAUAAAGCAGAUCUUUCUAACACAGCAUACAUUGCUGAUGUUAUUGCGAGUGAUAGCGUGGAGGGAAAGGAAAACCCACAGAUGUUUUCUGGUGCAGAAGUGCACCACCCAUUGCUGGAUCAUCGUAAGUUUACCCUAUCAAAGCAUGCUCUGUCGUUUCCUUUGCUGCAAAAGGUCUUCGAGAAAGGAGAGAUAAUCUAUAACGAGGAUGUUCAAACCAUGCGAAGCAACGUAGAGAAGCAGUUAGGGUGCAUAGAUAGCAGUUUUAAGCGCCUGCUUAACCCACAUGUAUAUAAAGUGUCAAUAUCCACUGAACUAAAGUCCCUUAGAGAUAGUACAUUGGAAAAAGUAGAGGAAACAUAUAGAAAGGAGGAGCUAUGA